CACCUCCACCUCCUCCACCACCACCGCCACUGCCGUCAUCAUCGUCGUCGCUGCCAGCAGUGGUAGCAAGCACAACCACCACAAACGUCGUCACGGACGUCGCCGUCGUGGUCGCUAAUUGUGCGCCACCGUCACGAAGAUAGCCGCAUUCGUGGCCGUGGCGACACUCGGAAGAGAGCGUGAGAAAGGGAGUACGAGUACGGAUAGUACGGGUACUCGAGUCGUAUACCUAGUGCGUACUUAGCGAUUGUAAUAACACGAGGGUGGAAUAUAUGUUGUGGGCGUCCCCCGUGCGAGUGGGGGCACUUGAUGGCCGCAGAAAUUGGGCGAACUGCGAGCAAACAUCUAUCGUCGGAGUGCGGUAAAGCGACGUCGCUCUCGAGUCCCGGUAGCGACGUGGGUUUCGAUAGUAGCCGGGUGAUCGUAGGAACGGAGCAGCAGCACCAGCACCACUACCACCACCAACACCACUACCACCACCACCACCAUCACCACCACCACCACCACAACCAACAGCAGCAGCAGCAGUUGCAGCAAUCGAAUUAUCAGCAACGGCAAUCGCCGCCACCACCGCCACCGCCGCCGCCGUCUCAGCAACAGCAGCAGCAACAACCUCCACAGCAGGAUCAUACAUUGUCAGCUACGGUACAGAUCAAGAAGGUACUUGGUAAAACGACGACGACGACGACUCCUUGCCGGAAUCGCGUACCGUUCGCAUCCGCGCAGCCAGCGGCAGGAAACAAUCAGCAGCAGCAGGCGCCGAUCAACGCGGACGACGUAACCUCGACGGCGGAGGCCGUCACCGAGGUACCCGGCGCCAUCAAGACGACCAUCAACAUCGGCUUCGCGAUGAAUCACGUAAACGACCAGGAGAACCUCAAGCAGCUCAGCCUCGCGCCUGUUCAGGUUAACGAGGUCGAGGAAAUGGACACGCAGGAGGAAACCCCAAAUGAUGGCGGAGGAGAUGGAACUGACAACCGUCCUAUAAAUGGUGAACCAGAAUUAGCAUGUAUAGUUCAGGAUCAAGAAAUGGAGGAAGAUGAGGCCAGAUCAGAAGCUACUUUUCGAUAUACUGUUGAAAAUAUAUCUAAGAUGAAGGACUCGCAGCUGUCUCCUGCUUGUUAUGUCCGCAAUUUACCAUGGAAAAUAAUGGUGAUGCCACGGUCAAGUCAAACACAGGAGAGACAGCCACAAAGAUCUCUUGGAUUCUUUCUUCAGUGUAACGGAGAAAGCGAAUCUACAUCUUGGAGUUGUUACGCUGUUGCUGAAUUACGUCUUCUUUCUUGUAAAGAGGGGCAAGAACCAUUUAGCAGAAAAAUCCAACAUCUCUUCUAUAGUAAAGAGAAUGAUUGGGGCUUUAGUCACUUUAUGACAUGGCAAGAUGUUCUAGAUCCUGACAGAGGUUUCAUAAAAGAUGAUUCGAUCACACUUGAGGUUCAUGUAGUGGCUGAUGCCCCUCAUGGAGUUAGUUGGGACAGUAAAAAACAUACAGGAUAUGUAGGCUUGAAAAAUCAAGGUGCUACAUGUUACAUGAAUUCUUUAUUGCAAACACUCUAUUUUACAAAUCAGUUGCGUAAGGCGGUGUAUAAAAUGCCAACAGAGAGUGACGAUUCGAGUAAGAGCGUUGCAUUGGCGUUGCAGAGGGUUUUUCAUGAGUUACAGUUUUCCGACAAACCUGUCGGUACAAAGAAAUUAACUAAGAGUUUUGGUUGGGAGACGCUGGAUUCUUUCAUGCAGCAUGAUGUGCAAGAGUUUCUACGAGUGCUAUUAGAUAAGUUGGAGAGCAAAAUGAAAGGAACAUGCGUGGAAGGUACAGUGCCAAAAUUGUUUGAGGGAAAAAUGGUUUCUUUUAUCAAGUGUAAAAAUAUAGACUACAAAUCAACAAGAGUCGAAACAUUUUAUGACAUACAGUUAAAUAUAAAAGGCAAAAAGAACAUUUACGAAUCUUUUAGCGAUUACGUGAGUACAGAAAGUCUUGACGGCGAUAAUAAAUACGAUGCGGGAGAGCAUGGAUUACAGGAAGCAGAAAAAGGCGUUAUUUUUUCAUCAUUUCCACCGGUUUUACAUCUACAUUUAAUGCGUUUUCAAUAUGACCCAGUUACAGAUUGUUCAGUCAAAUUUAACGACAGGUUUGAGUUUUAUGAAAAAAUUAGUCUUGGUAAAUACUUGCAAAACAAAGAAGCAACGAGUGCAGAUUAUACAUUGCAUGCAGUUCUGGUUCAUAGUGGCGAUAAUCAUGGAGGACAUUAUGUUGUAUUUAUUAAUCCUGCUGGUGAUGGCAAAUGGUGUAAGUUUGAUGACGACGUUGUCUCACGAUGUACAAAGCAGGAAGCUAUUGAACAUAACUACGGUGGUCAAGACGAGGAUAUGUCUAUGGCUGUGAAACACUGCACUAACGCUUAUAUGCUGGUUUACAUAAGAAAUUCAGAGCUGGAAAACGUUUUGCAAGAGGUCAAGGAAGAGGAUAUACCUCAAGAGCUGGUGGAGAGGCUGCAAGAGGAGAAGAGGCUGGAACAAAUAAGAAGAAAGGAGAGAACGGAAGCAUACUUGUACAUGACCGUCAAUGUCCUUCUCGAGGAUAGCUUUGACGGUCACCAAGGAAAUGAUCUCUACGACCCAGAGCACGCUUUAUAUCGUGUAUUUCGCGUACGUAAGCAGGCCACUGUGCACGAGUUUCUCGAACUACUGAGCGAUAGUCUGAAAUAUCCUAUAGAACAGAUUCGCAUUUGGCCCUUCAGUACACGUUCAAAUCAAACCUGUAGACCUACGUUAAUCGAGCCGGACGCUGAUCUUCAAAAACCCAUCAUUGACUGCGCGGAGAAUCACAACCCGUGGAACGUAUUUGUUGAACUUGUACCUCCAGACUCUGACAUGACAGCGUUACCGCAUUUCGACAAAGACACCGAUGUUUUACUCUUUUUUAAACUCUACGAUCCCAAAAAUAAAAUUCAUUACUGCGGCCAUCAUUACAUGCCUGUUGUAGCUAAAGUCCAGGAGCUUAUACCAAUUCUAAACGAACGCGCCGGAUUUCCACCAGACACAGAGCUUGCUUUAUACGAAGAAAUUAAACCAAAUCUAGUUGAGAAAAUAGACAACUUGUCAGAGCCUUUGGAAAAAGUUCUAGAAGAAUUAAUGGACGGUGAUAUCAUUGUAUUUCAAAAGGAAGGAGACAAUGAAAUGUAUGAACUUCCAACAUGUCGAGAAUAUUUCAAAGAUCUAUUCUAUAGGGUAGAAGUAACAUUUUGUGAUAAAUUAAUUCCAAACGAUCCAGGUUUUACAAUGGAACUUUCAUUAAGAAUGACAUAUGAUCAAAUGGCAAAGGCUGUAGCACAACGAGUCGGCACAGAUCCAUAUCUUCUACAAUUCUUUAAAUGUCAAAAUUACAAAGACUCUCCAGGUCAUCCUUUAAAAUGUACAUUUGACGGCACGCUCAAAGAACUGGUUGCGUAUUGCAAAACGAAAGUAAAGAAAUUAUUUUAUCAACAGCUCAGUAUUAGGGUGAACGAGCUGGAAAACAAAAAACAGUUCAAGUGCAUAUGGGUAGGACCUUCACUUAAAGAAGAGAAGGAAAUGAUUCUUUAUCCGAAUAAAAAUGGCACUGUUGCUAAUUUGCUUGAGGAGGCUAAAAAACAAGUUGAAUUAUCGGAAAAUGGAUCAGGAAAACUAAGGAUAUUAGAAAUGACUUGCAACAAGCUAUCACCUGGACCUGUAGACGAUACACCUUUAGAUCACUUAAACACCUCAGGCACCAAGUUAUAUAGGAUAGAAGAAAUACCGGUUGAUGAAGUGAAUUUAGCAGAAGGCGAAAUGCUAGUUCCUGUUGCGCAUUUUCACAAAGAAGUUUUCUCAACGUUUGGUAUACCUUUCUUCUUCAAGAUCAAGCAUGGCGAACCUUUCCCCAAAAUGAAGGACAGGCUGUUAAAGAAAUUAGGAGUUCAGGAGAAAGAAUUCGAAAAGUUUAAGUUCGCGGUGGUGACGAUGGGCAAGCCACAAUUCAUUAUCGACUCGCCGGACUCUUGUAUCAAAAUCGAGGAUUUUCUUCCCAGAUACACCAGUCAGAGUACAUCACCACACAGGCCUUGGCUUGGCCUGGAACACGUCAACAAAGCGCCAAAGCGCUCUCGUAUCAACUACCUCGAAAAGGCCAUUAAGAUUUACAAUUAAAUUUCCACCACAUGAAGAAAUUAAAUUAGACAGCCACUCAUAAUAAUUUAUACAACUCUGUAUAGUAAAAGAGGGACGUCUGAUAUAUUGAAGAUUGGAAAAAUGCGUUCAUGUAUUUGUUUCUUCAGCCAGAUUAAAUAUGCGAUUUUAAUACUGCGAGAACGACAUCGGAAGGUAACUCCAAGCUUAGUAUACGAUGGAUUAAGAGACUAUCGUGAAAUGUGCAGUGCUAUUUUAUGCAUCAUGGAAGAGCGAUGAUAUAGUUCCUCGAUUCGAAUGUAAAGAUUUUAUGUAAUGGCGAUAGCUUAUUUUGGCGUCACUCAGUACGAAUUUUCGCCUAGACUCCGAAAACAUUUGAUUACGAAAUGCACGUAUAUUGUACCUAAUAAUUGUCUGAUAAUUAUCUCUAAUAAACUAUUUCUUUCUUUUUUUUUAAUUUUAUUA